UCGGUCCUCGCAUCCCAUUCCCAAUUUCCCUUCGCCAUCCCGCACAGCGGCAGCCCAGCUCGAAACGCAAGGAACCAAGCGCAACCCAACGCCAAGCUUGCGGACAGGCAGAACGCCACUGCGCCGCCUCGCUUCCGCUGCUGCUGCCUCCGUUACAAAAAAAAAAAAAAAAUCCGCACCCAUUCCAUUUCACUGGAACCCCUGCUCCCUGCGAUUCCGGCGUCCGCUCUUCGCUCGCGGGAAUCGCCCGGAGCCCGCUGCGGCCUGCGGGAUCACCGGCCGGGGCCUCGCGCUCGAUUUCGGGGGUGGGGCAGCGGGCGGCGCGGCAACCCACCAAGCUGAGGUGUGAAGUUCUCCGUCCGAAGCCGCUCCGCAGAGCGCGAGGCGGGGCGAUGGUGUUCGCGUCCAGGAAGGAGGAGGAGAGGAACGAGCGGAUCGUGCGGGGGCUGCUCAAGCUGCCGCCGAACCGCAGAUGCGUCAACUGCAACGGCCUCGGGCCGCAGUACGUGUGCACCAGCUUCUGGACCUUCGUCUGCGUCUCCUGCAGCGGCAUCCACCGGGAGUUCACGCACCGUGUGAAAUCCGUCUCCAUGUCCACGUUCAGCACGCCAGAGGUCGAGGCUCUCCAGAAGGGUGGGAACCAGCGAGCCAGAGAAUCGUUCUUGAAGGACUUUGAUACCCAGAAAAUGAGGCUACCUGAUAGCAGCAACAUUGGCAAUCUUAGGGAAUUCAUAAAAGCUGUUUAUGUGGAGAGAAGGUAUGCUGGUGGGAGAUUUUCUGAAAGGCCUCCAAGAGAUAAACAGAACCAAAAGGCCCAUGAAGAAGAACAUAGAAGGGCAAGCUCGUACCAUUCAUUUUCACAGAGCCCACCUUAUGAUUACCAGUAUGAAGAGCAACGAAAUGGCAAACAAUCUGCAUUUCUUAGUAGGAAACCUGGCUCAGAUCGGGGGCUUGAUGGGAAGAUUUCUGGAUUUGCUUACAGUUCACAUAGCCUGCAUGAGAGAAUGUCUGAGGACAGAUUUGCUGGUGAGAGUUGUGGAUCAAGGACUUCCAACUUCUCAGGGUCAAGCAUGAGUGAUACAGUUAGAACUGCACCACAAUCACCUAAUUUUCCUGAUAAUGGGUGGUUCAGCGCCCCUGUGCUACAAGAUCAAUCAAAUCAACAAAGUUCUUAUGGACUCACCAGUUCACAGAUAACUAUGUCAGCAGGAAACAUAGAUUCAAUCUCUCCUAAAUUAGGCAAGUCGAGCUUAUCUGAUUUGAUUUUUGAGGAUGAUAAUGUUCAAAGAACUCAGAAAUCCGCAAACUCUGCUGCUCCAAGUUUCAUAGCCUUUUCUGAUGCUAUUAGUGCCCCAAAUCAAGAUCACGUUAAUUCCACAGCUGCUAAGAAACAUGGAGUAACUACCUUGGAACAACCUAUAGAUCUGUUCGCAAAUAUGCCUACCGAAACUCUGUCAGCUGAUAAAGUGAUACCAGCAGCUGCAGCUCCGUCAAUAGACAAUUCUGGGUGGGCUACAUUUGAUACACCUCCAGAACAAAAGCAACCUUCAGUCACCGGGCUUUCUUAUGUUGCUGCAACCAGCAACGAUAAACAGGCUCUGAGUCAUGAUUUGUUUUCAUUUGAAUCAAAUGAUGAGCCAACAUGGUUCCAGAGCUCUAAGGAUAAUGCUUCAGUUACCAAUCAGUCUACUACUACAUCUCCUGAUACAGGCAGUUCUCAGCUCUGGCAUUCAUUCGAUGAUGUUGAUGGGGUUGUUUCUCAUGAUCAAUGCUAUGCUCAACCACAAAAUGAUGACCACAGGAAUGUUGUGAACAUAUCCCUUUCAACCAGCAACCCAUUUAUGUGCUCUGUAGUUUCAAAGGAAUCUCAUGAUGAUGAUCCCCAUGAAGUAUUAAUGGAUGGAUUAUCACCUAAUACAUUACUUGCUGCUUCCGCACAGCCAUCUGUGGAGGGAACCUCUACUGAGCAUACGCCACUGAAUCCAUUUGAUCUUCCAUUUGACACUCAUUCGGGGACCCCUGAUCUGUUCAUGGACAUGAGUUCAUUGCAAGAGGCCUUGCCUAAUCCAGAUCUCCCAACUUUCCUCGAUGGUUUACCUGAAACAUGGUUCUCCAGCAGUUCUCGAGCUUAUGUUCCAUCAGCAUCACAUGGAGGACUACCGUGCCUUGUCGAGCAGGCCCCAAACUCUCCGCUGCGGAACAUACCAUUACCAGUGGGCACUGCAUCGACAGGAAAUCCUUUUGCAUAGAGGGUGGGGACAGAGAAUGUUCAUGUUGUUUUAGUUCAGUGAGCUUAGAGCUAGGCAUCCGAUAGGGCCGCCAGAGUUAAAUGGAGGAAUAUUGAGCAAUUAUAAGGUUUCUGCUGGUGCGUGGAAUGUGUAUGUUCUUUGUCCACUUCAUGUACUCUAAAAGUUAAAAUGAACAGGCUGGUUCAUUGA